GUGCAUGUGUCUGUACAUGGGCAUGUCUCCAUGUGUGAUAGGUGUGAUAGUGUGAUUGACUGGUCACCCAGCUAUGUACAAGGCACUCCCUGAUCAGCCAGAGUGAAUCAGCAUGAAUCUCUCUGUGAAGUGUAACCUGGUGAUGAAUGAACAAUACCAGGGUAUCAUCAUUCAACAGAAGAGAGGAAGGGCAAUAGAAAGGCAAUCCCCACUGUCACUCCAGCAUCAGAGAAAGUAAACAGAGAAACACUUGUAUUGUAUAUUUUAUAGUCAUUGACCUUCCCUUUCUAUCUACAGUGAACUAAUGAUUAAUCAGAAUAAAAGCCUAUUGAGGCAAGAUAUUUGAAUAACUCAGGUGUUAAGGAUUUGUUUUGGUCAUGGUAGCUCAUGCCUUUUGUUCUAGCAGUGGGUGGAGCUCUGUGAGUUCAAGGCCAGCCCAGUCUACAUUUGAGAGUUCCAGGCCAAAGGGGCCCACAGUGAGAUUCUAUCUCAAAAACAUUUUUCAAAAAGAGCACUUUUUUAUUCUUGCAAAAGACCCCAGGCUCAGUUUCCAGCACCAUAUGGUGGUUUACAACUGUCCUUAACUCCAGUUCCAGGGGAUCUGGCAUCCUCUUCUGGCCUUUGAGGGCAUGAGGCACACACACAGUAUGCAAAUACACACACGCAAAACAUUCAUAUACAUAAAAUAAAUUAAUCUUUUAAAAAAUCUUGCUAGGGAGGGUGGUGGUGCAUGCCUUUAAUCCCACUUGGGGAAGCAGAGACAGGUGGAUCUCUGUGAAUUCGAGGCCAGCCUGGUUUACAGAGCUCCAAAGCUAGAGAGACCCUGUCUCAGAAAAAGAAAAAAGAAAAACAAAAUCACGCUGCCUUAAGGAACCUUUCCCUGAUGCCCAGUCAUACAAGCCCUGGUGUGCCAACCUUGGUUCCUCCCAGGAGCACGAGCACUAGAGGAUUGACUCUGAGGUCCAGGGAAAUGCUACCUAGGUUGGAAUUCUGGCUCACUGACAUAGAAGGUCCCAGAAACUCUCUUUCUGAUCUUCUUGCACUGCUCUGAGACUUGUUUCUAUUUGUUCUUAUGGAAAUCACAUAAAGCAAGCAGGACAGAUAGACAGGCCCCACCAGUCUCUAAAGACAGAGAUGGAAAUCAGCCCUGGUUUCUGCCCAGGCCAAGGGCUUAGAGGAAAGCAAACAGGAGGGACAGUUUCUGGCUGUUGCUCAAAACCUCCAGUUCAUUAAACAAGAACAGGAAUUAAAAAAAAAAAAAAAAAAGCGUACUCCCCUUCUCGGCAGCUGGGUCUUUUCCAGGAAGGAGAAAGCGAAAGCUACCAUAAGGAUCACAUUAUUGGUCACCUGGAGGGGUGGCAGAGGGCUCCCUGUGACCAGAGAGUCACAUUUCACAAACCUCAUAGGCAGAAGUUGUGUUCAGGGCACUGGAAAGUGCCCACGUGAGCCUCGGCUCGUCCUCCCUCCCUGGCCAGCCUAUCUCCCUCCACAGUAAAUAUGAAACAGGCUCGAUUCUCCUGCAUACAGUACACACCCCUGCUCCUAUUGACUCUGCGGUGCAGUGAGAACUUGUGCCAGAAGGUGCAGAAAAGCCACAAAGGGAAUGACAGAGCUCUCCUGACUCUGAAAGCAACGUGGCUCCUCUUGCCUGCCCCCUUUGUCACUGUGCCAGUUGCUAGAAAACACUUCUGCUUUUCUUCAUGAAAACAUUGCAUGGGGGUCAUUGCUUCAACGCCAGGGUCAACGGCUCCAGCUCCUGCUUUUGCCCAGGUGUCCAACUCGAAUAAACUAACUCCUGGAUCUUAGAAAAAUGAAAUAUGCCCCCCUCAACUCAGACCCACCUCCCACUCAAACAUCUAAUGCAAGGGCUGGAGCCUGAUUCCCCACUCCCUGGUGCUCUGGGUAUCUCCUUUAUGACAGUGAGGCCAGGGUAAUCCAGUGAGCCAGCAACCAGAGAAAACAACCACACUGGCUGCAGGUCUGCAGGUUAGCACUACUCAGGUGGUGUCCAUGUAAAGAAGGUGCAGGCGCAGGCACGGGAUGCUCCGACCCUGGGCUGGCUGUUAAGGUCCCUAAGCAGACAUGACCAACACUUAACUCAAGUCCCCAUUCCCCACACCCCUCCCCAACCCCUGCUUAUGCUGAACUCAGAUGAGCCCAGCAGUGCUCUGUCCACUCUCUAAAGAAUACUAUGGAGUCUUCAUAGCCUAAUCCUUCAAACCAGCUGUUUCCAGGAAUUGAAACUGAAACCAACUUUCAUCCCAGCCUUGGCAUGCAGGACUCAGAUAUAUUGACUGCCUGGCAAAAAAAACAAAGUCUCUGGCAGAAAGGCAAUACCCUCAGUCAGCCAGCUCCUAAUCCUUCCUGACGGUAUCUCAGAAGGACUCCAGACCUCUGUAUCUCAUCUCUAGACAUCCUGGGUCUGCAUUCCAGUUCUAGAUCGGUCCAUUAGAAAUUCUGCUGAGGGACAGCAACGUUUUUCUGGAAGGCAGCUGACAUCCGGACCCCACAUAAUCCCUCCUCUGGAGCUGGGUGUAAGGACUAUUAAGUGAGAUAAGGCAUUCGAAGGACCCAGCACAGACUCACAGACACGGGACCUUCUUGCCGUGUGGUUAAAGUGAAGGAGUGGAGGAAGAACCCGAGGAACGACCUCCUCGGAGACCCCAAUAAAACCAGAGAGCCUCACCAAGAGAACUGAGAGGUGUGCAGAGAGCAUCACACGGAUCUUGUCAUGAAACCGUCACACAAGUCCUGGGAGGUAGAACCACUACUCCCCAACAUGACAGAGACCCCUUAUGCUCCAUUGAAUUCAUCCUUCGCCUUUGCCACAUCAUAUCAAACAGGGGGCAGCAUUUUACCUGAAGUCAGCAGGACUGUUGAAAGGGCCUUGAGAGAAGGGAAAAUGUUGGAUGUGGUAUAUGGCAUCAAGGAGACCGUGGCAGCAUUGUCCCAAACUCCAGUGAACAUCACUGUGACUGGAGACUCGGGCAAUGGCAUGUCAUCUUUCAUCAAUGCACUCCGAAUCAUUGGCCAUGAGGAGGAUGGCUCGGCUCCCACUGGGGUGGUGAGGACCACCCAGACACGGGCGAAGUACUUUUCAUCCCAAUUUCCCAGUGUAGUACUGUGGGACCUACCUGGCUUGGGGGCCACAGCCCAAACCAUAGAUAACUAUGGGGAAGAGAUGAAAUUCAACAUGUAUGAUCUGUUCAUCAUCAUCGCCUCUGAGCAGUUCAGCUUGAAUCAUGUAAAUCUUGCCAAAGUCAUCCAGAGGAUGGGGAAGAGGUUCUAUAUUGUCUGGACCAAGCUGGACAGGGAUCUCAGUACAUGUGUCCUUUCAGAGGUCCGGCUCCUACAAAGUAUAAGGGAGAAUAUAGAGGAGACUCUCCAGAAAGAGAGGGUGAACAUACCCCCCAUAUUCUUGGUAUCCAAUCUAGACCCUUUACUACAUGACUUUCCAAAGCUUAGGGACACGCUGCAUAAAGACCUCUCCAACAUCAGGUGCUGUGUGCCCUUAAACAUUCUUUCUGGCACCUGUGAGAAGAUCAUUGAUGAAAGAAUGGCCUUCUUGAAGGAGAGAGUAGGCAACGGAUGUUCGGAGAAUUCUGUUUGCAUCAGGGAUGAUGAUGACCUGGAGGAGUGCCUGAAAGUGUACCGACUAAAAUUUGGUAUAGAUGAUCAGUCACUUCAGCAGGCAGCCCAGAGCAUGGGGACAGUAGUACAAGAGUACAAGGCCGACAUGAAGUCUCAAAACAUGCACACUCUCCGCAGAGAGGACUGGAAACUGAGACUGAUGACUUGCAUAUUGGUGAGGGCAUUCUUCAGCAUUCUGGAAUGUUUCCCAUGCCUACGUCGCUGUGUCCUCUCGUUCAGAUGCAAAAAACACAGACGUGUGCUUCAAUUAGUUGCCCAGGACACCAAGAUCAUCCUGAAGAAAAUCCUGAAAGGCUCCAUCGGUCCCCCUCACAUCUAGUGUAGGGAGGGAGUGGGCUGGCACCCUUCUCACAUGGAAGCCAGACUGCCUUGGGUCUCUCCUGGGUCCCUAUUUAUCCUCUAAAAAUCAAGACAUAAAACAACACUCUCUAUAAGAGUCUUAGAUGCUUUGAGAGGAGUUUAAAAUCACUCAUUUCCCUUGCCUCAAAUCUAAUGCAUUGUUCCACUGAGGGACAAGAAAAAAAAAAUGUUAAAAAUCAUUGAUCAUGAUUCUUAGAUUUGGAAUACAGAAACUUUUUUUCAGUUGUUAA